AUGACACGCCUUCUUGACGCCAGAUUUCUGCUGCUGCCUGCCAUCGCAUCGACGUUAAUUGGCACCGCUUCUGCACAAAAUGCAACAUGUGCACUCAAGGGAAAACCGGCCGGCAAAGUCCUGAUGGGAUAUUGGGAGAACUGGGACGGAGCAUCCAACGGCGUUCACCCCGGAUUCGGCUGGACACCAAUCGAAAACCCUAUUAUUAAACAGAAUGGCUACAAUGUGAUCAACGCUGCUUUCCCCGUUAUUCUGUCAGAUGGCACAGUGCUGUGGGAAAACGACAUGGCUCCUGAUACUACGAUUGCAACACCGGCCGAGAUGUGUGAGGCUAAAGCAGCUGGAGCAACAAUUCUUUUGUCAAUCGGAGGUGCUUCUGCUGGCAUAGACCUCAGCUCUAGUACAGUCGCCGACAAGUUUGUCGCGACCAUUGUACCAAUCUUGAAGCAGUACAACUUUGACGGUAUUGAUAUCGACAUUGAGACUGGUUUGACCGGCAGCGGCAAUAUCAACACGCUUUCCACAUCCCAGGCCAACUUGAUUCGCAUCAUUGAUGGUGUUCUUGCUGCGAUGCCUUCAAACUUUGGCUUGACUAUGGCACCGGAGACACCAUAUGUUACAGGCGGUAGCGUCACGUAUGGCUCUAUUUGGGGAUCAUACCUGCCAAUCAUUCAAAAAUAUAUCCAAAACGGCCGACUGUGGUGGCUCAACAUGCAAUACUACAACGACGACUACUACGGUUGCUCAGGCGACUCAUACGCAGCCGGCACUGUCGCGGGAUUUAUUGCUCAGACUGAUUGCUUGAAUGCAGGACUUACUGUCCAAGGCACCACAAUCAAGAUCCCAUACGACAUGCAAGUACCCGGCCUACCUGCACAAAAUGGAGCUGGCGGGGGCUAUAUGAACCCAAGCUUAGUAGGACAAGCAUGGGACCACUACAACGGUGCUCUGAAAGGCUUGAUGACGUGGUCAAUCAAUUGGGAUGGAGCGGGUAACUGGACCUUUGGCGACAACUUGCUUACUCGCAUUGGUUAG